AUGAAGAUGCCAUUGAGCUCUUAGUCACAGGAAUAUUGAUCAUUUUGAGUUUUUUUUUUCUUUUCUAAUACUCCAUCCGGCAUGGGACAAACCCAGCAAAGGCAGGAACCCAAUGAGGAACUUGAGUUGAACAGCAUUCAGGACCUCUACAAGUCUUUUAUCACCGAGUGCCCGAGUGGAUCUUUGCACCUGCAUGAGUUCAAGAGGAUGUUUGGAGUUCAAAGCGGUACCCCGGAGUCUCAGUACAUGGACAACAUCUUUCGGGCGUUCGACAUGAACCAUGACAACACAAUGGACUUCAUAGAAUAUGUGGCCGCUCUUCAUCUUGUUCUGCGAGGAAGACUUGAAGAUAAGCUGAGGUGGUCGUUCAAAGUGUUCGACAGCGAUGACAAUGGUCGACUAGACAGGCGUGAACUGCGGAAGAUUGUCAGGAUCAUCUACAAGAUAAAGAACAGUUCCAUCUGGGAUGAAACAGGCAAAGAGAGACUCACCUCCGAGCAGGUGUGUGAUCGCAUAUUUCAAGAGGUCGACAUCAACAGUGAUGGACAGAUUACUCUGGAUGAGUUUCUGGACGGAGCACAGAAAAGUCAGUGGCUGCAGAGUUUCCUGACACUUGAUAUCAAUCCGACUGGAUGGGUGCAAAGAUACAUGAGUGACAGGAGAAUUUUAGCUGCCAAAGAUUCUUAAAGACGGGAAAUACAGACCAGUGGAUUUCAAAGUCUGAAGAGGUCCUCCCCGUUCAGAAAAUCAAAGAAAAAACAUACUUUUUAAACUAGUUAAGCCCAUACCGACCCUCCUAUUUUUCCCCAAGGAACUCACAUAAGUUUUCCUUCUUCUUGUUGUUUUUUUUUCAAAUGUUUUUAAUAUUUUCAAAACCCUCUCUGGUACUGCCAGCAGCUGAGAGGCACAGCCUUCAAGUCAGUGUCAAUGGUGACGCAGGGGCGGAGCUUGUGUUGAGGGUUACUGUGCCAGACGUUGAAAAUACCUGACAUGGACAAACUUCCAUCCAUCCAUUUUCUUCUGCUUAUCCGGGUCCAAGUUGCAGUUGUCCAGUUCCACCGGAAGAACCCUGUUCCCAGACCAACUGCAAGACAUAAUCCUUACAAUGUCUCCUAGGUCAACCCAGGGCCUUCUUCCGACUUGGCAUGCUGGGAACAUCUCACCAGGGAGGCUUUUAGACUAGACCCCCAAACCAUCUUAACUGUGAAGGAGUGAAUCCAGCCACUCUGUAGAAGGGACUAAUUUCACUUGCUUGUGACCCUGAUCUUGCUCCUUUGGUGACUACCAAAAGCUUGUGAACAUACGUAGCCGAGGCUAGGAAUGUAUAUCGACCGGUAUAUCGAAAGCUUUGCCUUCCAGCUUAUCUCCCUCUUCACUACGACAGGUACAUUGACCUUGUUUCACCCGUCCAUCUUAUGCUACUGCCUUCCCUUACUCGAGAACGAGAUGCCCAGAUACUUAAACUCUUCCACCUUGGGUAAUACCUCGCUCCCAAUCCGAAGGGUUAAAUCUAUCCUUUUCCAGCUGAGAACCAUCACCUCAUACUUGGAGAUGCUGAGUCUCCUCUCAGAAGCUUCAGAAGCAGCUGCAAACUGCCCAGUUAACGCUGAAGAUCACAGUGAUGAGGCCAUAAGGACGGCAUCAUCUGCAAAUGCCCCCAAAGUUGAGACCCUCAACACCUUGGCGACGCCUACAAAUUAUAUUAUAACACAAGGCAGCCUCGGUGGAAGCCAACAGCCACAGUGAGCCGAACUUACUGGGGAAAAUGCAAACCAGACUCCUGCUCUGGUUGUCCAAGGACCAGAUAGCACAUAGCCUGAGCACACCACUUAGGAAACCACAUAUGACACGGCCAGAUGCCUUUCCCAAAGACCAAUGACCGGUUGGGCAUACUCCCACUCACUCUCAAAACCCUUAAAAGGGCGUAGAUGUGGUCCAGCUUUCCAAGACCAAGGGUAAAACCGCAUUGUAUUUCUUUCAGCUGAAGUUCGACUAACGGUCUUAUCCUUCUCUAUAGUACUGUAGAAGGGACUCAUUUCACUUGCUUGUGACCGUGAUCUUGCUCCUUUGGUGACUACCAAAAGCUUGUGAACAUACGUAGCUGAGGCUAGGAAUGUAUAUCGACCGGUAUAUCGAAAGCUUUGCCUUCCAGCUUAUCUCCCUCUUCACUACGACUGGUACAUUGACCACAUUACUGCCCCGUUUCACCUAUCCAUCUUAUGCUACUGCCUUCCCUUACUCGAGAACAAGAUUCCCAGAUACCUAAACUGUUCCACCUUGGGUAAUACCUCGCUCCCAAUCUGAAGGGUGCAAUCUACCCUUUUCCAGCUGAGAACCAUCACCUCAUACUCGGAGAUGCUGAGUCUCAUAUCAGAAGCUUCACAAGCAGCUGCAAACUGCCCAGUUAACGCUGAAGGUCACAGUGAUGAGGCCAUAAGGACGGCAUCAUCUGCAAAUGCCCCCAAAGUUGAGACCCUCAACACCUUGGCGACGCCUACAAAUUAUAUUAUGACACAAGGCGGCCUCGGUGGAAGCCAACAUCCACAGUGAGCCGAACUUACUGGGGACAAUGCAAACCAGACUCCUGCUCUGGUUGUCCAAGGACCAGAUAGCACAUAGCCGGAGCACACCACUUAGGAAACCACAUAUGACACGGCCAGAUGCCUUUCCCAAGGACCAAUGACCGGUUGGGCAUACUCCCACUCACUCUCAAAACCCUUAAAAGCGUGUAGAUGUGGUCCAGUUUUCCAAGACCAAGGGUAAAACCGCACUGUAUUUCUUUCAGCUGAAGUUCGACUAACGGUCUUAUCCUUCUCUAUAGCACUGUAGAAGGGACUGAUUUCACUUGCUUGUGACCCUGAUCUUGCUCCUUUGGUGACUACCAAAAGCUUGUGAACAUACGUAGCCGAGGCUAGGAAUGUAUAUCGACCGGUAUAUCGAAAGCUUUGCCUUCCAGCUUAUCUCCCUCUUCACUACGACUGGUACAUUGACCACAUUACUGCCCCGUUUAACCCGUCCAUCUUAUGCUCCUGCCUUCCCUUACUCGAGAACGAGAUGCCCAGAUACUUAAACUCUUCCACCUUGGUAAUACCUCGCUCCCAAUCCGAAGGGUGCAAUCUACCCUUUUCCAGCUGAGAACCGUGGCCUCAUACUCGGAGAUGCUGAGUCUCAUCUCAGAAGCUUCACAAGCAGCUGCAAACUGCCCAGUUAACGCUGAAGGUCACAGUGAUGAGGCCAUAAGGACGGCAUCAUCUGCAAAUGCCCCCAAAGUUGAGACCCUCAACACCUUGGCGACGCCUACAAAUUAUAUUAUGACACAAGGCGGCCUCGGUGGAAGCCAACAUCCACACUGAGGAACUUACUGAAGACAAUGCAAACCAGACUCCUGCUCUGGUUGUCCAGGGACCAGAUAGCACAUAGCCUGAGCACACCACUUAGGAAACCAGAUAUGACACGGCUAGAUGCCUUUCCCAAGGACCAAUGACCGGUUGGGCAUACUCCCACUCACUCUCAAAACCCUUAAAAGGGUGUAGAUGUGGUCCAGCUUUCCAAGACCAAGGGUAAAACCGCACUGUAUUUCUUUCAGCUGAAGUUCGACUAACGGUCUUAUCCUUCUCUACAGCACUCAGAAACAGACUUUCCCAGAGACACGAGUACGUGUGAUUCCCCCAUUCAUUGACACACCUUGCAGUCACUCCUAUUGAAAAAAGGGACCACCGUUGUGGUCUGCCAAUCCUAAAAUGUGCUCUUCCUGAUUUCCAUGCAAUGUUAAAGAGACGUGUAGAAUAAGACAUUCAAGGAAUUCAGGAGGAAAACUCUUCCACUCCCGGAGCUUUACCAAUUUUUUGACUACCUCAGCAACCUCAGCCAUGGUGAUUAAAGUAUUUCUGAUUCUGAUUCUGAUUAGCAUGUCCUCAGACUCUGCUUUCAGUAUGAAAGAUGUGUCAGUGGAUUUGACAGAGGCCUCAAAGUACUCCUUCCUCCGCCCGAUUACAUCACAGUUUGAGGUGAGCAGGCCUCCAUCCAUGAACAGUGAGACAAACCUGAGCUGUCGGACAGAGAGACAAACCUGCCAAAUUCAUUUCCCACCAGCAGUGGAAGUGUCUUGUUGCUUUGAUAGGUCUGCUACAUAAUCCUAAAAGAGUGCCUCAACAGUUUUUGGUUUCUGUUUUUAUAUAAUGUUUAAAUCAGUUAUAGGGACCUACUUGUUUGCAUUACUAUUCAUUAUUUUUUAACUGUAAAAAUCCACUUUAUAUUUUUAUCUAGACUAAAUAGAACCUCAUAAGCCAAUCAGUGGACAAAAAUAUUUUAAGGCAGUGUAAGGAAUAAAAGAAAAAAUAUAGACAUAAAUUAAAAGAGAAAAUACAAACCCCGUUUCCAUAUGAGUUGGGAAAUUGUGUUAGAUGUAAAUAUAAACAGAAUACAAUGAUUUGCAA